CCCGUAGGACUGCACCAGGAUUUUGUUGCUGUUGUUUGUUUAGAGUACUCCAUCCUUCUACGGUCGUCGCCAGAGGGUAACACUUCCAAUCUCCAAACCACUGUCAAUGUGAUAACCUCAAUGAUGUCUCAUUCGUUUGUGCAUUGGUGGUUAAACAGAGUACGUGUUACCGAGCUGCUCACAUUUCUUUGUUAUCAACGAGGUAGGUAGCCCCUAUUACGGAAGACGGAAGUGUCAAACAAUCAUUUAAAAGGAUAUCGUCGACCAACUGAGAAAGAAAAAGAGCAUAAUUCGUGAGAGACUGGAGACAACGUGAAGAAGCCUUGUUGGAGAAGUUCGUCCGUAUCAAGGAACAGAGUAUCUCGCGAGAGCUUCUUUUUUUGCCGGCUAUUGUCUGUGUCAGUCGCCAGUCUUCAGUAUCCCGGGUAAAAGCUCUUCGGUCCAUUCCACCGUUUUUGGUAGUGGUACGUGACUGCCCCAGCUGUUUAUUGAGUCAGUUUUAUGGUUUUGUCAAUCGUUUCUCCACCUCACACCUUCUCCCGACACAACAUCCUCCGCGUUUUGCGGCGUUUGCUCCGUCAGCCUACGUGACUAUACAGAUCCAGGAGCGUUUUUACUGGGACUAGAAUUUGUGACCAUAACCAACAAAGCUGGACACUUUUCCCGCCACCAGUUGGCCAGGUGCCGCAAGUUUCGUUGCAGCCUUCAUUCUCUGUGACAAGCUGAGCUCGAUGGCGAACGGUUUUCCCUUUGUCAUUCUCACAGCGGCACUGUUUGUGCAAGUGGCUGUGAAUGCGGAGCAGCCGGCUGGACCCCAGGCAGCUUCAGUUCCAGCUGUGCCGUCAGACGAGAAGAACGCUGGUAAUGAAGUAACGGAAAACCCAGCAAUGCCGCCAGUGUUGGAGGACGUUAUUGAGUCGAUGGAGGGCGGUAUCUCGGCGAUUCACAGCGUCGAAGACAGGCUGAAGAAAGAUCUAGAGAUGAUGAUGUCUGUGGAAAAAGAGUUGCGGGACAACGGUGCGUUGAACUCGGCCGCCGGCGAGGAACCGCUAAUUGAAGGAGCUUCUGCGGGUAGCGUCAUCACCAUGAUCUUGAAACGAAUGCGCGACGAUACAGCCGCUAUGAAAAGCAUGAUGGUCAAAGAAAUGGACGACAUCCGGCGCAUGGUGAACUACGACACGUCUGUCACCUCACGCAUCAUGCAGCUGUUUCCCGCCGUCGACAUCCAGGGAACCCUCGAAGCCAUGAAAGGUGCUGUAACACAGCAAAUGGAGUUGCUCCAAACCAUUCUCGGCAGCGGCGCAAACCUCCCAAAUAGCAUCCUGUGACCGAGUUGCGGGAUGCAGUCGAGGGCGUUUGUUUUCGCGAUGUGAAGAACCUGUUUCGUAGGGUACAACAGUGUCGAGGCGAGCACGCAUGAACCCUUCUCCGCGGUGGGUGCGUCGGAACUUGGCAUACACGGCUGUCAUUCUUGUCGAUUAUUCAAUAUCAUGUUUUCUGGUUGACUAUUUUGGUUUUGUUUUGACUUUGAGUGAACCAACUUCGUUCAUCAAUGAUGUUCGAAACGUGGGCUUCCUGUCAGCAUGCUUCCGCUAUUUCUCAGUCCACGCACACAUAUGCACGACACUGCACUGCUGAAGUGAAGUGAUUUCUCGGAUGAAGAACAGCAAAUAGCAGCUCUUUUUAGAGAACGGAAAGGCCAAACGAUUCUGCAGGACAAACGGUCAGUUUGCUCCGCGGAUCCAAGGGCUGCAAUAUGCAUGUUCCUGAAGAGCGCUUUGGUGGGACAAGUUAGGAACUCGUGGUUGGUUUCGAGAAGAUGUAAAACGCAGCACGCUACCUGUAGAUACCAUUGUUCGGCAUCAUGUAUUACCAGGUGCAAUGAUGCAAGCAGUUUGUUUAAAAAACGCGGAACACAGGUAUGGUACGUA